AUGUUGCUUAUUGUUCCCUACUUCAUUAAAGCGGAAGGAACCUAUUUUGAAGAGCUGGACGAAGAAGGAUUUUUAAUAAAUGGUAAUUAUUACAAAGGCGGCGUUUUAGCUUUCAACAACUUGGCGCUUUUAUGGGACGUCCAGUCUUUGGAUGAAAUCACUCCCGAAUCCUUAAAGCCUGUCACAAUGUACAAUCCUCCAAUAGAUAUGCUGUUCAUUGGAACAGGACAAUAUACAGCUCCAAUUCAAAAGAAUGUUAUCGAUUUCCUUCACCAGUUUGGAAUUUCUGUUGAGUCGAUGAGUACCAGUUCGGCCGCGGCCAAUUUCAAUUUCCUCCACGAUGACAAAGAACGUGUUGCAGUUGCCCUCCUUCCCGAGCAGCCCUCCCCCAAAACCUUUGAGAAAGAAUAA